CAAUAAGUGCAACUCCAUCCUGACUUGUUGGUGCAAUAUCAUUUUUCCAACAAAAUGAUUUUUUGGGUUAGUGUUCUACUCAUAGAAGCUUUUCAGGUCACAGCUGUCACACUGGAUCCGUGUUCUGCCUACACCAGUCUGACUGAACCAUGGAGGAACACGGAGUAUCACAUCAACCAGUCUUCCGGGAGUCCUGUCUGUGAUAGCCAAAUGUCCGGGGAGUGGUAUCGCUUCACGGGAAUGGCAGGGGACGCCAUGCCCACCUUCUGCAUCUCUGAGAACCAUUGCGGCACCAACGCGCCCAUCUGGCUCAAUGGCAGCCACCCUCAGCUACAGGAAGGCAUUGUCACUCUGCCAGCGUGUGCCAGCUUUGGAGAUAAUUGCUGCCAAUGGAAUGCCAGUGUGGACGUGAAAGCCUGCACUGGAGGUUACUUUGUGUACCGCCUGCCCAGACCUUCAGUUUGCUUCCAUGUCUACUGUGGUCAUUUUUAUGACAUAUGUGAUGACGUUUCAUGCACCGGUCCAAAAUGUCCCAAGUCGGAAUGUCGCUGUGCUCCUGGAACUGUUUUGGGACCAGACGGACAAACGUGCCUUGAUGUGAAUGAGUGCGAGACGGCCAACGGUGGCUGUGCAGAAGUCUGCGUCAACACCAAAGGAUCCAGACGAUGUGAGUGCCAUUCAAGCCGUGUACUGGAUGAGCUUGGGCUCAACUGUCGAGAGAUGGCAGGCUGCCAUGUAAACAAUGGAGGCUGCAGCCAUGGCUGCUCAUCGCUCAAAGAUUCCUACCGGUGUCACUGUCCUAGAGGGCUGCAGCUGAGCCAUGACGCACGCACAUGUCAGGUGCCAGUGGAGUGCAACCCCAGUUCCAUUACAGUGUCAGUACCAAAGGACAUCGUUGGAGGACUGGACCUCUUUCUUUCCAAUUCGUCAUGUCGUGGUAUCUCCAACGGCACACACAUCAACCUCAACUUCAGCCUCAAGAUGUGUGGCACGGCUGUAGAAGUGACAGAUGACAAGAUAGUGGCAACCAAUCUGGUGACAGGCGUUCCCAGGACCAGUCCAGGUAGCAGCGGGGACCUGAUAGUACGCACCACUAAGCUAGUAGUGCCAAUCACCUGCGAGUUCCCCAGAGAGUAUCAAGUGUCAGACGGAUACCAGGCGAGUCAGCGGGGAUCAGCCUUGGAGCUGGCUGGCCACAGCGAGGGAAUCUUCCCCUUCUCGCUGGAGCUCUUUAAGAACGCUGACUUUUCAGAACCUUACCGUACGCCGCCUCAUCUGGAUUUCCAUGACUUGCUCUUCUUCGGGGUGGAGCCCAAAGAGAGAGUGGAGGGUCUCUCUGCCUUGGUAGAGAGCUGCUUUGCGACACCGGGGCCCAAAGCUGACCAGGCCCUCAAGUAUUACCUCAUUAAAGACGGGUGUAUCUCGGAUGAAACAGUUAUUCAGUACUCAUCCAAGGACCAACUCUCCAGGCACUACCAGGUCCCUGUCUUCAAGUUCAUUGGCAAGGAGAACCGGCAGGUCUUCCUCCACUGUCAGGUGUUGGUAUGCAGCCUGAGAGACUCUCGCUGCACCCAGCCUUGUCGACGACGUGUGCGUCGUAGUGCCCCAUCUGAGCGUCAGCACACAUUGAGUGGGGGCCCCAUCUUCAUCCUACCCGAAACGAGCAGCCGGACGGAUCCGAAUGCCACAAAUGUUUCAAUCGCAGACAUUUAACUGACCAACCAGGCAUGUAUGAAUUUAAAGUUUGUAUUUGCGUUCUUCAAUGUGCCAAUGAAAACACGUCCUCCAUUCACAUUGCGUUGAAGACAAAGACUCGACACUGAUGAAACGGUUGUUUUAUUGGACCAAGUGUUGACUUGGAUAACA